UUUCAAUCUAGAUUCAUCAAAUCCGUUCACAGUCCCUCUGUGCGUACCUGCUAUUCCUUGGUUUUAAAUGCCCCUCCCUCCUUCCACGAACAUUCCAUCCAUCUCUUUCUCUCUCGCAAAAAUCAUUUUAAAAACCCUUGCUUGCUCUCAACACUGUCACUCCCCAGCUGAGAUCACACCCACCACUCCACCCGAGAACACAACACGACCCUUUUUCCCUUGUCUGUUUGAAUAAGUUCAAACACCAGAGUUUCUCAUUAACCUCCAAAUUCUUGACCAUAUUUAUAUUCAUUCAAUGGCAGCUUAUGAGAGCACGAUGAGCGCGGUCGACUUCGAGGACUACUUCCCCUCGAUGAUCGUCAGGCUCGGGGCCGAGGGCUUCAUCGGGGAACUCUGCAAUGGGUUCCAGCUCCUGAUGGACUGCGAGAAGGGGCUGAUCACGUUCGAGAGCCUGAAGAGGAACAGCUUCCUGCUAGGGUUACAGGACAUGGGCGACGACGAGUUCGUGUGCAUGCUGCGAGAAGGCGAUUUGGACGGGGAUGGCAAUCUGAACCAGCUGGAGUUUUGCAUCCUCAUGUUCAGAUUGAGCCCUGGGCUGAUGGACGGGUCCAAGCAGUGGGUGCAAGCUGAGGUAGAUCAUGUCAUGAUUUGAGUAAUAAUUUAUAAUAAUAAGGCACCGUUUGUUUCGCAAAAAAUAAAUUUUUUGGAAAAUAUUUUUUUAAAAAUAAUCACUUGUAUCACUUACCAAAAUAAAUAAUUGAAUAAUAUUUUCAUCGUACACGAAAAUAUUUAAACUUAAAUUAUUAUCUAUAAUGAAAAUAUUUUUCAUUAGCUUAUUAUGUCGAGCGAUACAAGUGAUAUCAUUUUUAGGAAAAAAAUUUCCAAAUCAUUUUUUUUUUCGUGAAACAAUCGGAUCCAAUAGAGGUAACAAUGUAAUCCUCUCUCCUUAUUAGUUUUUUUGCCAAACUUGUUGCCAAUAAAAUUGGUAAUUCCCGUUGUGAUCUUGAACGAGCAAAGAGGAAUAAGACCCGAUCCUCAAUUUUCGGACUUA